AUGUAUCGUCUACGUGAUAUGAUUCGACCGGCAUUAAAUGCCGUUAGCCCUAUUGUAAGAUCGCAAUUAGCUAGAAAUUAUGCCAAAGAGGUAAAGUUCGGCGUAGAAGCAAGUAGCCAAAUGAUCAAAGGUGUUAAUGUCUUAGCUGAUGCCGUAGCUGUUACUAUGGGUCCAAAGGGUCGCAAUGUUAUAUUGGAACAAUCUUGGGGUGGACCGAAAAUUACCAAGGACGGUGUAACUGUAGCCAAAGGAAUCGAACUGCCUGAUAAGGUGAAUAAUAUUGGAGCACGUUUAGUUCAAGAUGUUGCCAAUAAUACAAAUGAAGAAGCUGGUGAUGGUACCACUACUGCUACUGUUUUAGCUCGUGCAAUUGCAACCGAAGGUUUUAAGAAGGUUUCCAUGGGUGCAAAUCCACAGGAUGUUAGACGAGGUAUCAUGUCGGCUGUUGAAGUUGUAGUCGAACAACUGAAACAGCUUUCUAAGCCAGUUACAACACCUGAAGAAAUUGCCCAGGUAGCAACGAUCUCCGCGAAUGGAGAUAAAGAAAUAGGAGACCUUAUUUCUUCUGCGAUGAAAGCAGUCGGAAGAACAGGUGUGAUAACAGUUAAGGAUGGCAAAACAAUGAAAGAUGAAUUGGAAGUCAUCGAGGGCAUGAAGUUCGAUCGUGGUUUUAUCUCUCCGUAUUUUAUAAAUACUAGCAAAGGUCAGAAAGUAGAAUAUCAGGAUGCUCUCUUAUUAUUAUGUGAAAAGAAAAUAUCUAGCGUUCAACAAAUUGUACCAGCAUUAGAGAUUGCCAACACCAAUCGCAAGCCUCUAGUUAUUAUUGCAGAAGAUAUUGAUGGUGAAGCAUUAAGUACUUUAGUACUCAAUAGACUCAAGGUUGGAUUACAAGUAGCCGCUGUUAAAGCACCAGGUUUUGGAGAUAACAGAAAGAGUACUUUGCAUGAUAUUGCUGUUGCUACUGGUGGAAUGGUUUUUGGAGAUGAAGCCAUAGACACUAAGAUUGAAGAUAUUCAACAGCAGGACCUUGGCAUUGUUGGAGAAAUUGUUAUUACUAAGGAUGAUACACUCAUCUUACGAGGCAGAGGUGAUCCACAAGCCCUUGAAGCUCGUGUCCAACAAUUACAGGAAGAUAUAGAAAGUACCACUUCCGAUUACGAACGUGAAAAACUAAACGAACGCCUGGCUAAACUUUCUAACGGUGUUGCUGUUUUAAAGGUCGGUGGAUAUAGUGAAGUUGAAGUAAAUGAAAAGAAGGAUCGCGUUAAUGAUGCCUUGAAUGCCACUCGUGCCGCAGUUGAAGAAGGUAUUGUACCUGGAGGAGGUGUAGCUUUGCUACGAUGUGAUGCAAGUUUGGAUAGCAUCAAAACUGAUAAUGAAGAUCAACGAAUUGGUGUUGAGAUAAUCCGUAAAGCGUUGCGUAGCCCUUGCUCAACCAUUGCAUCCAACGCUGGAAUGGAAGGAGCAAUAAUUGUAGACCAAAUAAUGAAAUCCUCCUCAGAAAUUGGCUACGAUGCCGCAAGUAACAAUUUUGUAGACAUGAUGAAAAAUGGUAUCAUUGAUCCGACGAAGGUUGUCCGCACCGCUAUAACCGAUGCCGCUGGUGUAGCAUCAUUACUGUCGACCGCUGAAUGUGUAGUAGUAGAAAUGCCAAAGGAAGAAAAAGAUAUGCCUGCAAUGCCCGGCGGUGGAAUGGGCGGAAUGGGUGGUAUGGGAGGUAUGGGAGGUAUGAUGUAA